AAAAAUAAUGGAUUUUACGCGCGCCGUCUGGUUACACUGAAAAACAGGCCAAAAGAAGGGGCAAAAAGUUAUUAACAACAUUAAUAAUAGUAAAUCCAAGUUCCCUAGCGAUAGCCUGUGUUUUUUUUUAUCUUGCGGCGCAUUUCAUAAUAUAUGGACCACAAACUGCGCGCUCGGGCGAUUGGCAGUUCUUUGCCAGUCACACAGACUCGCGAACACGGCUGGUAGGCCAGUUAAAUGAACAUUUCGUACUUUUCGUCUACAGCACUCCACACGUAUUUACGUAGGCUUAUUCCGCUAAAUUCGCAUAACUAAUUGAAGACUGUUCGUUCGGUUAUUGUGGUUAAAUCAAUCAGCCUUAAAAGGAAAACUCUGAGAAAAUGAUGUAAAGAAAAACUCUCAAGUAGUCUAACUGUGUGUGUGCGUGUGUGUGUUGGUGUGUGGAAAUUAACGUUGUGUGAAGAAGAAAAGCGAAGGAAAAGCGACAAUUGCAGUCCAAGGCGAACAACAAAAGCAACUGAAGGUUGCCCAGGGCCCCACGCCCCCUCCGUGGCCCGCCCCCUUGGAGGACAACGAACGGGAGUGCAAGGAAGCGACGUCGCCAUGGAGGAGAAGCGCAUCGCCGACUACUUUGUGGUGGCCGGAAUGCCGGAGCACCCGCAGCUGCUGCAGGAGAACAUCUUCAACGACUCGGGAAGAUUGCGGGCAGCCAGCACCAUUGAACCGAUCACGGACAUCGGCGUCUUCUUCCCGCUCCUCGGCGAGGAGGUUCCCGAGGGAUAUGAGCUCCUUGCCCACACGCCCACCGGCCUGCAGGCGAACCUCAACUACGGAUCGGUACGCACCACCGACUGCUACAUCUACUUCCGGCGGGGCAAGGAUCGCCCGCCCCUCGUGGAUAUCGGAGUCCUGUACGAUGGCCACGAACGGAUCAUGCCGGAUGCGGAAAUCGUGGCCGAGACGCCCGGCGGCCGGGUGGCCAACGUGAACAACUCGUCGGCGAAGACCUUCCUCACGUACCGUCGCGCCCGGGCGGACAUGCCCUGCAACGAGCUGGUGGUCACCGAGCUGUGCGUCAUUGUCCAAGGGCGCUCCAAGUGCGAACGGGCACCGCACGCCUUCUGCCUGAUCUACAAGACCCUGAACAAGGGCUACGUGGGCAGCGACGUCUACCUGUGCUACAAGAAGUCCAUGUACCGGCCGAAGCACAUCAGCUACCAGCCGGAGAUCCUGCUGCGCUACCCCACCGUCGACCACACCGACUUCCCGCUGAACCUCUGUCCGAGCGUCCCGCUCUUCUGCCUGCCGAUGGGCGCUUCCCUGGAGGCGUGGCCGCAUGUCAACGGAACGGAGAAGCGCAAGCCCAUCAGUCCGGUGUUCAGCACCUUCGUGCUGACGGUGAACGACGGCACCUACAAGGUCUACGGUUCCGCCUUGACUUUCUACGAGGAUUACGAUGAGUCGCAGUUGUCGGCGGAGCAAAAGGAGCUGCUCGGUUGGGAUGAGGAGUUCGCUGGGCAGCAUUCGCUGCACAUGAUCAAGGCCAUAUGUCUGCUGUCGCACCAUCCCUUCGGCGACACCUUCGACAAGUGGCUCAAGUACCUCCAUCGUAUGGUUUUGUAUGGCGUUAAUAUACCCAUUCCCGUGGAGCGCUACAUUACGCAGCUGCUGGAUGAGGUUCCCUUUCCGGCGCCCAGCAUCCACCUGCAGCUGUCCAGCGAGUCCAACGAUCGCAUUCUGCUCACCCAGCCGGAGGAUUCGCCGCUGCCGCGAAGUGGCGCCGGCUUCCACAUGCUGCUCCAGAACCUGGGCACCGACAACUGUCUGCAUGUGCUGCUGUUGGCCCUCACCGAACAGAAGAUACUCAUCCACUCUCUCAGACCCGCCACGUUGACUGCUGUGGCCGAGGCCAUUGUCUCCCUGCUGUUCCCCUUCAAGUGGCAGUGUCCGUACAUCCCGCUCUGUCCUCUGGGACUCGCCGAGGUGCUCCACGCCCCAUUGCCUUAUCUGAUUGGCGUGGACUCGCGCUUCUUCGAUCUGUACGAACCUCCAACGGAUGUCACCUGCAUCGACUUGGAUACGAACAAUAUAAGCUUGUGUGAAUCGCAGCGCCAUUUGUCGCCCAAGCUGCUUCCGAAGCGAGCAGCACGCCUGCUCCGCCAGACGCUCACCGAACUGGAGAAUGCCAAGCCCAUCAGCUACGAUUCGACGAACAGCUUGGAUCGCGACAUACGAAAGCGGAAACGGGAACUGGUGCUGGAGCAGCGCAUCCAGGAGGCCUUCCUGCUCUUCAUGGCCAGCAUUCUGCGCGGCUACCGCGACUUCCUGGUGCCCAUCUCCAAGGCGCCCUCGGUGGGGGCCACCGAUCCGAGUGCUCUCUUCCAGCUGAAGGCCUUCCUGCGAUCGCGAGACAAGUCGCACCAAAAGUUCUUUGAGUUGAUGAUGAAGACCCAGAUGUUCAUUCGGUUCAUCGAGGAGCGCUCCUUCGUUUCGGAUGGCGAUCAUGGCCUGAGCUUCUUCGACGAGUGUGCGGAGAAGGUGGGCAACUACGACGAGACGCCCGCCCAGCUCCGAUUGGUGGACUGGGACUCGGGUCAGAACAGCGAACGCACCAAGUACAUCUUUCCGCCGGACAGCGUGACGCCGGCGGGCGGCGGAGGAGCUGGAUCCGCUGGCGUGGCCUACAACUACGAGAACUUCACGCUGCAGCCGGAACUGUUGCAGAGCACCAAGAAGACGGCUCUGUCGAAGUUCCUGCAGCUGCAGCUGAAUGCCUCCCUAUCGCCGGGAUCGCCGAUUGCACGGCGCACGAAGCACGAGAUAAAGCUUUCCCAGAAGAUGGCCAGCCGGUGCCAGCAGCAUCCGGAGGCGUGGUCCAAGUACCUGCUGGCCACCUGCUACUCGCUGUACUUCCUCAUCCUGCCCUCGAUGGUUUUGGAUACGCGGCACGCCGGCAAGGAGCCGGACAUCCUGCGCGCCGCCUACGAUGUUCUGGUACGCGCCAGUCGCCUGAAGAUCACCUGCGACGAGUUCUGCUACCGGAUCAUGAUGCAGCUGUGCGGCAUCCACAAUCUGCCGGUGCUGGCCGUCCGUCUCCAUUACCUGAUGAAGCGUUCGGGGGUGCAGGCCAAUGCGCUGACCUACGGCUUCUACAACCGCUGCGUCUUGGAGUCGCAGUGGCCGAGUGACAGCACUACGCUCAGCCAGAUCCGGUGGAACCGCAUCAAGAACGUGGUGCUUGGAGCGGCGCAAUUUCGGAGGGCUGGCAAACAGAGGGCCGCCUCCAAGGUGAACAAGUCGCUGAGUGCGUCCCAGGAUCAGAACUUGAGCACUUUGGAAACGGUGGAUGGACAGUCGCGAACCAGCUUGGCUUCAUCCUCGGGCGAUGGCGGUGGUCACGGCCUGCUCGACUUUGCCGCCUUCGAUCGGCUGAGGAACAAGCUGGGCAGCAUUGUGCGGCAAACGGUGACCGGUGGCAACAACGAGACCCUGGAGGAUACGGUCAACAGCGCGGGAUUGCUCAUUCCGGGUGAGUUGAGUGCUCCGAACACGCCGACGUACGGCGGCGACACCGAGAUCCUGGCCAAGGCGCUCCAGCAACAGCAGCCGCGCAAGCAGAUCAUGAGCAUUGGCGGCGGCGACGACGACGACGAGGAGGAGGAGGAUGAGGACGAAGACGAAGAUGAGUACACGGCCGAAUCGCCGAGCACACCGCAAAAGCAACUGGAGGCGGGCAGUGGUGAACUGGAGUACGCCGGCGGUGGAGACUACGAGGCGGACGAGGAGGACGAGGACGAGGUCGAUGAGCAUGUGGCCGCCCAAAGGGCACGCCAGCGGGUGCAGAGUCCAACCAAAAUCUCGCCACGCACGCCCGUGACCCAGAACGAUCCACUGGGCGCCCUCAACGAGGAGGAGUCCCUGGCCAGUGCCACGCCGGCGGCGCAGCAGACGCAGCAGGAGCAGCAGGUGACGCAGUCGCAGAUCGACAGCAGCAUCUACAGCGACAAGCCGAUCCUGUUCCGCGGCCCAAGGAGCGCCACCUUCGACGAGUCGACGCAGAUCGGGAAGAGCAUGCACCGCUCGGAGACGAUGCCAGUGGCCAGCAGCGGGGUGACCAACAGCCUGGCCAACAUCGGCUCCUCGCUGAAGUUCACGUUCGGACGUUAUUCACCCGCACGAUUGUCCCUUAAGAAAGACUUGAAAUUGCCCGCCAAUAUAAUAGAAAAUAUAUCGAGCAUAAGUCCCAGCUUGACGGGAAAGAAAUCGAACGAGUUGAUCCAGGGGAGCUUGAGCAGCAUCAAGUCAGCAGCCAGUUCGUUGACCAAGAAGUUCGACGAGAUCAAGGGCGUGAUCUCGGCCAAUUCAACGCCGACGAAGACGAACAACGGCCAUCAUCCGCAUGGUCUGCACCACGCGCACCACCAUCCGCACCACCACCAUCAUCAUCAUUCGCAGCAUGGCAGUGCGGAUCAGGAGGAGCACGAUGCCGCCGUCCACGAGGAGGGCAAGUUGCGACGCGUCUCCAGCGACUUGGAUCCCUGGGGCAGGCUAAGUGAGUCGCGCAAGUCCAGCUACAACAAUCUGGUGCCGCUCGGCGAGAACAGUUCCACCGGCGCCCUGCACAUGCACGCCUUUCCCGCUCUGCCCGACAAUCUGUACAGUGUAAUUGGAGAGAACGCCACUGAUCGCGACUGCGAUGUGCUGAUCCAGCUGACGACCUGCUCGCAGUGCCACAACUGUUCGGUGCUCGUCUACGACGAGGAGAUCAUGAGCGGCUGGACGGCGGAGGACUCCAACCUGAACACCACCUGCCACGCCUGCAACAAGCUCACCGUUCCCUUCCUCAGCGUGCAGAUCGAGCGGCAGUCCGAGGAGUCGGAGUCGGAUCAACCCAAACAGACGGAGGAUGGCAAGGAGCAAACGGCCAAUGGCACUAGCCACAAGUCCAGUCUCACUGUGCCGUAUCUGAAUCCGCUGGUGCUGCGCAAGGAGCUGGAGAACAUACUCACGCAGGAGGGCGACAUUGCGCUGAUCAAGCCGGAGUUCGUCGAGGAGCACCCGAUCAUCUACUGGAACCUGCUCUGGCUGAUGGAGCGCAUAGAGAGCAAGACGCACCUGCCGGAGCUCUGUCUCCCCGUGCCGAGCGACAAGGAGCACAUCGAUCCACUGAGCAAGGUGAAGACGGUGCAUAUCCAGUGCUUGUGGGACAACCUCAGCCUGCACACCGAGGCGAGUGGACCGCCCAUGUACCUACUGUACAGGGAGACCCAACCGACAAGUCCGCUCAUCAAGGCGCUGCUCACCGACCAGGCGCAGCUCAACAAGAAUGUCAUUCAGCAAAUCAUUUCGGCCAUUCGGGGCAACGACUACGCCACUCCGCUGAAGCGUUUGGCCAACGAGCGGCACAAGCUGAAGAGCAACGGCGUGGAGCGAUCGCACUCGUUCUACCGGGACAUCCUCUUCCUGGCCUUGACCGCCAUCGGAAGGUCCAACGUCGAUCUGGCUGCAUUCCAUCGCGACUAUGCGGCCGUUUUCGACAAGCUGACGGAGCGGGAGUGCAACAUGUACUAUCGCAACCAAGAUCUGCCGCCCUCGGCGUCGACGAUCUUCUGCCGCGCCUACUUCCGACCGCUCCUGCUGCCCUGACGCAGUGACUCCCAGCCGGAGGAGUCGAGCGGCGAGGCAAAAGCAGCUCCAGGCGAUGCCGAAGAGGACAUAUGAUUAGCAGAAAAGAAAAAAGCAAAGAUGAAAGCGUGGCAGUAACUUAAAAAGACAAGACGACCAAAAAAUUUUAUAAAAAAAAAAAACGGGAUCGAAGGGAAAAUUGAAGGACAAAAAAACGCUUAUCAAACCCCUUAGCUUGGGUCGAUUUUAUAGAUUGGACAAUUAUAAACUAAUUUUAUUUAAAACAAAAUCAAAGCUCUUGCUUACGUUAUACAAACGAAAAGACGGUAUUUUGGAACUAUUCCUAGUAGGGUAUACAAAUUUAAUUGUUGCAAACGAGAAAUACUUAAUUCGAGGUUUUUUAGGUUUUCAAAGUAAUUGGGUUUGUAAACGAGAAAGCUUCAGGAAAAUUUGUUUAAAAUUGUCCUCCCACAACAUACAUAUUUUUUUUAUCGACCUUUAAUGAUAUAGCUACAUAAAAAAAAAACAUUAACUUGACAAUUGUUGAAUUGUGAAAACAUGCAAAUGAUUUUGUAAAUGACUUGAUCUUAAAUCCUAAGUACUUAACGAUUUUUUCGCUGUUUAAACCUAAUCAAAAAUAUACACACACAUGAAUGACUGGUUUCUGUGACAAUACAUAAUUACUUUCACGCAGUGUGUUUCAUAAGUGCAAUUGCAACGAAACUCUAUAAUGGAAAUGUUUACUUUUCGACUAAUUGUACUUACUCCCAGCUCAUUUUAAUAACUGCCUUGUUUCUUAAACCACCAAAUUUCCAUUAUGUUUUCCCUGCCCAUUUCAUAGAAUAUAUUGGUAUUGCACAAAUGAAACGCGCUGCAAUUGCCCUCUCAAAAAAAAGAAAGAAAGAAGUCCCACAAGAUGUGUAUUCCAAUUUUCAUUGACCCUCGUCAUAUUUGCCUUACUAUAUUUAAUAUAACGACGAUACAUAUUCGUGUACAUACAGAGCUAUAUGUGCGAUCUUGUAAUUGUAAAUCAGCAUUGUGAGUGGAACCGGAUUCGGAUUCGGUUUUGGAAUCGGAAUCACCUUUCCCCCUUGGCAACACCCUCCCUCUUCACCACCAACACCUGGUUAUUUCAAAAAUAGCCUGUAACUCGCACUUUUUUAUCUUGAGAUUUCCUCACAAUGCUCGGGUUUUUUUUUAGUUAGCUUAGCGAACUUUUGAUGGGAAAGGGUAAAAAUGGGGGCGGGACACGCGGUGAAUCAACAAUAUCGACAGCAGACAGCAAUUAAACAACGAUAACAUAGCAAUAAUUAAUGGAUAAUCGUAUAUAAAUGUAGAUGGGAAUAAAUCUUGCAGAUCUAAUUGUACGACACACGUUCACGUCCACGUUUUUAAUGACAACACCCACACACGACACACUCACUUAUAUAAUGCAGCCACAGUAAUUUUUUGUCGGGAAUCUUAACUAAAUGUAUAUUUAAUAAUUAAUUUAAUUAAUGAAAAAAAAAAAAAAUGACAAAAAGAAUAAACAAACAAGUUUUAAAAAUUAAA